UAACGUAGUUGCGUCAUGGGUGUCGAUAAGCCGGAAGUCGCCGCAGUGAAGGGAGUAGCAGAAAUCUUAAAAACUGCCGUCAACUUUCUUUAAUAACGAAGUGAGUCUUUGUAAAGAUCUUUGCCAUAUGUUGUACGAACUUCCGGGAUAGAAUAAGCUUUGGUAUGCCAGAUGAGACCUUUGGACACAGACAUGGUGGAGACGGAUACUUGCUGCUCUGAUUAUGUGCAUCACUGACUACUAUGAACAACAGUGCAUCAACCAGUGACCAGCAGCAGGGGUCAAGAUCUGGAGAGAGACCGCACCAUUUGCGGGGACCCUAUGUUUCAUUUAUCACCGACAGGACCACCAACCUUUUAAUUCGAGGGGGAAUGCUGUUCUUUGUUGGUGUCUUCUUGGCUCUUGUGCUAAACUUACUUCAGGUGCAGAGAAAUGUCACACUUUUCCCCCCAGAUGUCAUCAGUAGUAUCUUCUCCUCAGUCUGGUGGGUGCCACCCAGCUGUGGCAUGGCUUCAGCCAUGAUUGGAAUGUUGUACCCCUGCAUCGACAGAAGGCUCGGUGAACCUCACAAGUUCAAGCGAGAGUGGUCUAGUGUGAUGCGAUGUGUGGCUGUAUUUGUUGGUAUCAACCAUGCCAGUGCUAAAGUAGACUUUGCUAACAACGUCCAGUUGUCUCUGACCCUGGCAGCACUUUCGAUUGGUUUGUGGUGGACAUUCGACCGCUCCCGCAGUGGCUUUGGUUUGGGAGUCAGCAUUUCCUUACUGGCCACACUGGCCACCCAGAUCCUGGUUUACAAUGGAGUCUUUCAGUAUACUAAUCCAGAUUUCCUUUACAUUCGCUCUUGGCUUCCCUGCAUCUUCUUUGCUGGGGUUAUCACCAUGGGAAACAUCGGACGGCAGCUUGCUUUGUAUGAAUACAAGUUCCUGCAAGAGAAGACCCAUUUGGACUAAGUAUACCGGGUGUCAUCAAACAGUUUGGACAUGUCAAACAAAGCUAUUGACUGGCUGAACACUUCAGAUGAAGACAGUAUUUUUGAUUAGCCAUUUUUAAGUCUUUUCAAGACAUUUCAGCUGCUUUGUUUGUAAAGAUUUUGCUAUGGGAUGAAGUCACUUUAUCAAGUCGAAGGACUCCAAAGCUCUUUACACUACACAUUCACACACCGACAGUCGAAAGCUACAUUGUAACCACAGCUGCAGUGGUGCAGAAUUGAAAGUGGAGCUGCCAUACAAUCUGUGCCACUGGGCACUCUGACCACCAUCAGCAGGCAAAGCAGGUAAGGUGUCUUGCCUAAGGACACAACGACUGAGACAGACAGCAUGGUUUUGAACCGGUUACAGGACAAACCCCUACCACCUGAUCCACCGUUGGCCCAAGAUCAUGCCAGAAGAGUUCAUAUUUUCCCCCUCUGUGGUGCAGUCUAUGCUUUUAACUGGAAAGGGAUUAUAGAAAGAUUCCUUCUUCCUUCAAACUCUGGCUGCAAUGUGCCAAAACAAAAUCGGUCCUUAUUUCCUGAUUCCAUCACAUCCUUCAUGUAUCAGUAAAAAUCCUUGCCGUUUGCUUAAAAUAAAUCCUGAAAGACA